AUGGUUCGAGCGAUGCCCAUCAUCAUGCUUCUCCUGGUCCUUCCUGUUUCAGGAAUGCGAAAUGUGGAGGAAGCGAGCCGCGAGGUCGGGCAGCAGCGCGGGAACGUCGGCGAUGUGGCCGAGCACCGUGAUCAUGUCAAGGAGGGACUCUCGGACACGGGGCACUGCCACGGCGAGACAACCACACCGGAAGAAUCGAAGACAGCAUGCACUACAAAUGCCGAUUGUCGUUAUUGUGGUGCUGACUGGGAAUGCUACCACAUGAAGCCAGAUACGCUCAAAAUGAAGCAGCAGUUUUAUCCAGACACCCAGUGGUUGCCAGCCUACUGUCACCACAUCUGA